GGUUAUUAUAUAAGAGAAGAAGGCCUGCGUUACGUUUUACCUGCCAAACCUGCUUCUUCUUUUCUUUAAUUCUGUUUGUGUGAAGAUCACAAGUUGAUCAAGAGAUUUAUGGCUAUGGCUUCUGAUCAUCCACUGAUAUUCACCUUUGGGAUUCUUGGUAACAUCAUCUCCGGCAUGAUGUUUCUCGCGCCUUUGCCAACAUUUAUUCGAGUUUACAGAAAGAAAUCAACAGAAGGGUUUCAUUCAAUUCCAUAUGUAGUUGCACUGUUCAGUGCAAUGCUCUGGAUUUACUAUGCGAUUCUGAAAUCAACUGAUUAUCUUCUUCUUAGCAUAAAUUCCUCCGGUUGUCUAGUGGAAAUCAUCUACAUUAUUGUAUAUAUUAUCUAUGCACCAAAGAAAGCUAAGAUGCUGACUUUGAAGCUACUAAUUGUGAUGAAUAUUGGGGGAUUUUCCGCUAUACUUGUUCUUACGCAUUUCUUCGCCAAAGGAUCAAGCCGCUUAAGCAUUGUUGGAUGGCUAUGUGUGGCAUUAUCUGCUGUUGUGUUUGCAGCGCCUUUGAGCAUAAUGAGGCUGGUCAUACGGACCAAAAGUGUCGAGUUCAUGCCAUUUUGGUUAUCAUUUUUCCUUACUUUGAGUGCUAUUAUGUGGCUUCUCUACGGUGUUCUCCUCAAAGAUAUCUACAUUGCGCUUCCAAACGUUAUCGGAGUCCUAUUGGGGACAGUUCAAAUGGCACUGUAUGCGAUUUAUAAGGACGGGAAGCGGGCAAGUUCAAAGAAUUCUACACAAAAUCUAUCAGAAACAGCUGACGGAACAGCCAUUAUUAUGCUUAACUCAAUACAAACUACUAAUAGUGAUGACAAUGGAGUACUUGGGAACGAAGAAAAUCAAAAAGAGCCAAAAAAACCCCAUGGAGAAUUUGUUGAAUCCCUUAACCAAGUCCAACCAAUUAGUGAAUCAUGAGCUAUAUAACGUGCAGAUUUUGAAAAAUAUACCUAUUUGUAUACUUAGAAGUUGAAGCUUUGUUAGUGUUUUGUUUUCGUACUACGUAUGUAUUAUAUAAUGAAUGGAAGCCUAAUUUUUCUAUAUGUAGUAUAAUGUCAUAGCUAGCUUAGGUAUUAGACAAUAA